GCUGGAGGAAAAUCCCAUGCCCGUCCGUCAUCAUCUGAGAUAUUGGGCAUGUUUCCCUGCCGAUUUAGAAACUCUAAGGUGCUCAAACCCACGGAACGAGGAAGGAGACGAAGUGGAAGCAAAGGACUUUGUACAUUCCAUGUCUCGAGCCAUUGGUGAGCAGGUAAACAAGGAACACAGGUACAAUUUUGGAUAGAAUGGAUACACCAAAGAAUUCUUCUUUUCGCGCAUAUCUGCCAGCUGCCGAAUCUUUGAGAGGCCGAGAGAAAGAGAAUAUCUUUUCACACACAGAAAAGGCAUUUGACACAGUCCCGGUUCUCCAACAUCUUGUGAACAAUUGGAAUGAAUUAUUGUCCAAGCCAUUUCGAGGAAUCACUACCGAUGGAAACCCAAUUCAAGGUCUAUAUACCCAAGAAGAUGACGCUGUCGAUGUUCAAUCGAUUGUCCAUGCAAUGAAUGAACCAGUUUCUGGCCUUGCUAAGUCACGAGGAAAAACAGCUUGUCAUGUAUCCCAUCGAUGCGCCACAGAGGCGAGCUUGGGCGAACCCCGAACUCUACCUAUUUCGAAAUGGAAUCAGGCUUGAAAAUGUAGACGAGACAGUGAGGACAGCUGUGCAUUCGGUGAUCCAAAGUACCUUUUCGCCAGAAGGAUUUCAAAAGGCGUUGUCGGCCAUGAAGACAAAUGAGUUCCUCGGCGAACUGGUGAAUGCCCCCGGGGUGCUCAAUAUGCAUUCCUACAAUUUCCUCACCUUUGGAAACCCUUCAACAACCGAGCCAUUUGGGUGGCUGCUUUACGGGCAUCAUCUCUGUCUCAGCGUGUUCGUCUGGAAGACACAGAUCGUCGUCGCUCCAACCUUCGUCGGUGCAGAACCCAAUGUGAUCGACCGGGGCCCCCAUCAAGGAACUCAAAUCCUCCAAUCCGAGCAGGAUCUAGGCUUGCGAUUCAUGAAAUCACUCUCGAAAGAUCUCCAAUCCAAGGCGCAAAUAUUCAAGACGUUACAACCGCCCGAAAUCCCAGAGGAUCGAUGGAACCCCGCAGACCAGCGGCAUCUUUGCGGUGCGUGUCAGGAUAAUCGCAUCGUGCCGUACGAAGGGAUUUCCGUGGGCGGACUCGAACCAAGCCUCGUCCAACUACUCCUGCAAAUCGUCGAGCAGUUCAUCAUCUACCUGCCCGCACAGGCACGGAAGAACAAGCUCGCUCAGGUUGAACGACACAUCCAAGACACUCACUUCUGCUGGAUUGGAGGAUUCACCAAUGACGACCCGUUCUACUACAGGAUACAGAGUCCUGUUAUUGUUGUCGAGUUCGACCAUCACUCUGCGGUCUUUCUCACCAACACUGAACCCGCUCGGUUUCACACUCACACGAUUGUACGCAAUCCCAACGGUGGAGAUUAUGGAUACGCGUUGCUGAAUAGGGGAAAAGACAUAAUGGGAAGAAUGGUCUAUGACUGUAAAUCAUAAGAAUAGUAUUAUUGUUUGUAGUAGCCCUGUAAUUCUUAUAAAAAUGACGACGGUGACUUUGCUGCA